AGCGAUCCCGUCCAGUCGUGACGUAGUCAGAGCUAUAUAUAGGUUGACAUACUCCUCCAGCGGCCUCGUCCAUUCUCCGUUAUGGAUACGCCAACGUCGGAUGUGGCCUUGGUUGAAAGUAACAGCUGUCCUUUAGGAGUGCAGCUGGUUAACUGUGUGCAAACCAACAAGACAUCAAGUCCAAAUGAUCUUGUAGAGCUGGCGAAACAGGUGCAAAAGGCAGAUGAAUUCACAAAAGCCACUGCCUGCAGCAAGCUGACAGUUAUUGCUGACCAAAUACGUUAUCUUCAGGAGCAAGCUAGAAAGGUGUUGGAGACAGCUCAGAGGGACAAUGUGCUGCACCAUGCUGCCUGCAACCUGGUGAAGAAACCUGGCAACAUAUAUUAUCUGUAUAAGCGAGACACGGGGCAGCACUAUUUCUCAAUCCUUUCACCUCAGGAAUGGGGAGCAUCAUGUCCACACAAGUACAUAGCUGCUUACCGUCUUGAGCAUGACAUGUCCUGGACAUCUAUUGAAGAUCUUGACCAAAGAAGUACUGAUAUAGCUGUGGUUGACAAGAUCUAUAACGCUCGGAUAUCAGCAAGUGAUCCAUCAAUCACAAUAGUAGAUGCAAUCAAGUCUAGCGAGUUUCUCAAGAUUAGAGACAUCUCUGACCAUGCUGAAUGCGAAAAGCUGCAUGAACAGACCAUGUGAAAUGAGGAAUAUGCAUCAUGUUGAGGAAUGGUUAGAGAUGCUUGUCGGCUUGGAAUGGGUAGCACAAACUUGCAAGACACCAGCUGCAUUUUACCAUGUUGCCCAUUGAACAUGAUGUAAAGGUCAGGUCCAAAUGAUAAGAUAAAGAUGAAGCCACAUGCUGAUCACCAUCAAAGUUUAGAGCAAGGAAGGUUAGAACUUGAGAGUGAAUACAAUGGUGCAGAUUUGCCUUCAGCUGUGCCAAAAUUUCAGCUAUCAAGUCAUAUAUGACUGCAAAUUAGCUGUGAAAAUGACGGCCAGCUCGUGUUUGUACAUUUUCAUGGGAUCCAAGACGAAAUUUCCUUUAGCUAUUUAGUGCACAAUGUUGAUGCAACUCAUUGUAAACCAUUCUAUUAGCAGCAAAAACCAUUUUGGUGCUUCAAGACACCUUUUAAUUCAAAACCUGUACUCUAUUAAUAUGCUUUGUCUUCAAUGCAAGUAUCAACUGACAUUCAUGUUUUGAGAGGAUGAUGCACUUGUAUUUUUAAUUCGCACCAAAUCUCUCCAAAAGCAACACUCAGAAGAACAUAAGUCAUUUUUAAUAUGACAAACGCAUGACCAAUUGUACAUUUACAUUUAUACAGCAAGGCUACUUUACAGAUUCACAUUUUAACCAAAAAUGUGCAGAAUGAAAAGUCAACUUUAUAAGCUUAAAAAACAAAACCCAGCAAAUACCCAGAUCUGAAACCACAGAAGUACCCCAAGAUUCAAAUGGUGUGCAGUUUCACCAUCCCACCCCCACCCCC